GGGAAGCCGCUCGGGUCGCCAUGGAGCGCUGGAAGGGCCGCGUGGCGCUGGUGACCGGCGCGUCGGUGGGCAUCGGGGCGGCCGUGGCGCGCGCCCUGGUGCAGCACGGCAUGAAGGUGGUGGGCUGCGCCCGGAGCGUGGACAAGAUCGAGAAAUUGGCAGCGGAGUGCCAGAGUGCCAGCUACCCGGGCGUCCUCAUUCCGUACAAGUGCGACCUCUCGGCGGAAGAGGAGAUCCUCUCCAUGUUCUCCGCCAUCAAGACCCUCCACCAGGGAGUCGACGUGUGCAUCAACAACGCCGGCCUGGCGCGGCCGGAGCCCUUGCUCUCCGGAAAGACCGAGGGAUGGCGGACGAUGAUAGACGUCAACGUGAUGGCUGUGAGCAUCUGUACCCGUGAAGCUUAUCAGUCCAUGAAGGAAAGAAACAUUGACGAUGGGCACAUCAUUAACGUUAACAGCAUGAGCGGCCACAUCGUGGCUUCCCAGUCCGUCGUGCAUUUCUACAGUGCCACGAAACACGCGGUCACGGCGCUGACCGAAGGGCUCCGUCAGGAACUGCGAGAGGCAAAGACGCACAUCCGGGCCACGUGCAUAUCUCCAGGACUUGUGGAAACCGGAUUUGCUUUUAAGCUUCACGAUAACGAUCCAGAGAGAGCCGCAGCGACGUACGAGAGUAUUCGGUGCUUAAAUGCCGAAGAUGUGGCCAACGCGGUGAUAUACGUUCUCAGUGCCCCACCUCACGUACAGAUCGGUGAUAUUCAGAUGAGGCCUACGGAGCAGGUAUUGUAGCAAAGGAGCCAGAUUUGCUCUCGGCGUGGAUUUGGGGACGCCCUU